AAGCCGCCUCAGGGGGAGAGUGGCGAGCCCCCUCCCAAAUUAAUCGGCCUGUCUGGGAAUGUGGAGAGGAGGGAUGGCUGCUGGGGAAGGCCUGGGACUGGCACUCAGGACCGUGAAGGAGCAGGUGCAGCAGGCAGCGGCCCGCAGGCCCCAGAGCUUGCCUGCACUUCAGCCUCGACUUGUAGCUGUUAGUAAAACAAAACCUGCUGAAAUGGUGAUAGAGGCCUACAACCAUGGACAGCGUAGCUUUGGGGAAAACUACGUUCAAGAAUUGCUAGAAAAAGCAUCAGACUCUAAAAUCUUGUCAUCGUGUCCAGAGAUCAAAUGGCAUUUCAUAGGCCACCUUCAGAAAGGCAAUGUCAACAAGCUGAUUGCUGUACCCAACCUGUUUAUGCUGGAAACGGUGGAUUCUGUGAAACUGGCGGACAGAGUGAACAGUUCUUGGCAGAAGAAAGGCUCUUUAGAGAGGCUGAAGAUCAUGGUGCAAGUGAACACCAGUGGGGAGGACAGUAAGCAUGGCCUGCCACCUGGUGAUACAGUGACAACCGUAGCCCAUAUCAUGCAGAAGUGUCCAAAUCUGGAAUUUGUGGGCUUGAUGACAAUUGGCAGCUUUGGCCAUGAUGUCAGUCAGGGACCCAAUCCUGACUUCCAGAUGUUGAUCUCCUUGCGUCAGGAGGUGUGUGAAAAGCUCCAUAUCCCAAUUGAGAAGGUUGAGCUGAGCAUGGGGAUGUCGACAGACUUUCAGCAUGCAAUUGAAGUUGGAUCCACCAACGUCAGAAUUGGAAGUACAAUCUUCGGCGAACGCGAUUACCCCAACAAGACUUCCGGCGACAAGGCCCUAGGAGAAAUUAAAGGAAAACUGGAGAAUUUGGCAGUGCAGGAGCACUAAUGCAAGAAGGCUCAGAAUAUUCCCUCCCAGCGGAGGGAAUACACUCAAAUAGACCUUACUAUGCACUUGAAUUUCUCCCUUUGUGCUGACCGAUGUGGGGCGCGAUCAGGUAACGGGAAGGUGUCACACGCGCCUCAGUUACCUGUAACUUUGUUAUUGUGUAUCCAUAGAAAUUGGAUUUUUUUAACCAGCAAAUGAACACCUGUGAUUGACAAGUGACUUUUGGUACCUUAGCUACAGUGACUUUAGAUAGCUGUACUGGAUAACCAGCUGACUUAAGCCCUACUACGUCUGGGCAUAAAACCAUUUCCAGCCACGAUCAUCAUGCAUUUCUAAUCAGAGAAGUGGGUUUUCUCCUUUCCUAGAGGCUGAAAUCCCUCCUUCGCAGGGCAGGGAUGCCUCUGACAUGCCUCAUCACAUUCCCCCACAAGAUGCUAUCUGUGUAAACUUGUGGCAUCCUUGCAGCAGUCUCUCGUAGUCCCUUCAGAACACUAAAGAAGUUCAAUAGCUGCUCAGUGGGGAUGGUACCAUUGAGGCGAGAUGGGAAAGGAUCCACUUGCACGCGCAAGCGAACAGUAGGGUUUUUGAUUAAUUUUUGAGCCACAGAGUAGAAAUAAUGUAAAGCGUCUCUAAGGUUGAAGUUGUCCUCCAAAGACUGGCUAUGCCAGCUCCUGUCACCUAGCUACAUAUCAUGUACUUUUCUUCUGCUAGGAAACUGCUCCCUCCCCUCCCCUCCUGGGUGCAUGUAAUUCUGCUAGGUAGCAGUACAUUUUCCACUUGCCAAAGCAGGGAAUCCCUGACUCUGCAGCUUGACUUGCUGUGAAAAUCUUGGCCAAGUCAUUCAACCAUACUGUGCCUGCGUCCCCUGUAUGAGAAAUGGGGCUCACCUACCUCACGUGGGAGACUGCGAGGCUGCCGCGUCUGGAAAGUUUGUCUGAAAUGCCUCCCCCAGGUCCACUUCCCCCACCCAGGAGGAAAGGCACCGAUUGUGGUAUAAAGCAGGCUUGUGCAUCAAUCCAAAAUAAAAUCUAGCAGCCCUAAUUUUUAAAAUUAUUAUUUUGGCACACUUGUCUGCACGCGUGUGUGUCGCGGGACAGCUUGUGUGGUGCGUUUGCAAGGGGCUCGUAGGUAAGGGACGGUUACCCUGGGCGACAGGUCAGUGCCCUCCGUAGGCCCUCUUUGUGGGAGGAACGACGAGUUGGACUGCCACUGUACAUAUUGCUCCAAGAUCUUAAGAAAUCAAUUUGUAGCAGCCGUGCCUGCUGCUUCACGAAGACUUCACACAAGCACUCAUCUCCGUCAUUGCGGCACCCCCACUCAGUGAAAAUGUUUACAGUGGAUUCUGUUUUGUAUCUCACCUGUUGACAAUCUAUUCCGAAGCCCAGCCUGCUGCUAAAACGACUCUAGUUCUCGGUAGAAAAUACCCCUUCUGUCCUCUUCCCUGUAGCCCAAAGCUUUGAGCCUGGUGUGUCCUUUUGGUUUAAUGUAGCUGUGGGGCUUGUGUUACUUCCUGGAAGGAACUGAAUGUAACUGCAAACGAUGAACGUCCGGUCGGAUCCCCACUGUGUAGGUCCUAUGCUGACUGCAGUCUAAACUGUCCCGCAGUUCAACAGUAUAGUGUUUUCAUUGUGUUAACAAUAAAUCCAAUUGUGGAUCGGAAUACUGUACCAUCCGUGCCAGUUGCAGAGAUAUUAAAGAUGUUAUUUUUAUGGUC